UUAAACAUUUAUUUAAACAGUAAAAUAUUAAAUUAGUUUUUAAUUUAUUAGUUUUGUUGACAAAAAAAUAAGUUUCGAAUUAUUUAUUCAGAUCUUCUCUUUCAAUGUGUUGAUUUAAAAUAAUGGUAGAUAACGCAUUAACUGAAAAGGUACUGUUGGCUACUGGAGGAUAUGACCACACAAUUAAGUUAUGGCAUGCAAACACUGGAGUUUGUAAUAGAAGUUUAACACAUUUAGAUUCUCAAGUAAAUGCAUUAGAAAUAACGCCAGACAGACAACACUUGGCUGCUGCAGGGUUUCAACAUAUUCGUAUGUAUGACUUAAAUUCAAGCAAUCCAAAUCCAAUUUUAAAUUAUGAAGGGAUUUCAAAAAAUAUUACUGGUGUUGGAUUCCACGAAGAUGGUAAAUGGAUGUUUACUUGUGGUGAAGAUUGUAGUGCUCGUGUCUGGGAUUUAAGGUCUAGAAAUUUGCAAUGUCAGCGUAUAUUUCAAACAACUGCACCAAUUACUAGUAUAUGCCUUCAUCCUAAUCAAGCUGAGUUAAUAUUAGGUGAUCAGUCUGGCUUGCUUCAUAUAUGGGAUUUGAAAACUGAUCACAACGAACAACUGAUACCUGAAGUUGAUGCUUCUAUACAAUGUGUGGCUAUUGAUUCUAGUGCAAAUUAUGUUGCUUCUGUAAAUAAUAAAGGAAAUUGUUACCUAUGGAGAUAUAAUGGAAAUGGUACUAAACUAAGUCCUGAGCACAAAAUUAAUGCUCAUAGGAAGUAUGCUCUUCAUUGUAAAUUCAGCCCUGAUUCGACAUUGUUGGUAACAUCUUCGGCUGAUCAAACAGCUUUAAUUUGGAAAACAAGUGAUUUUUCUUUGAAACAAGAACUAAAAGAUGAAAAACAAAGAUGGGUAUGGAAUACAGCAUUUAGUAAUGAUUCGGAACAUUUAUUAACAGUUUCAUCAGAUGCCAUGGCAAGAUUAUGGAACGUAGAAAGUGGCAAUAUAGAACGUGAAUAUGAAGGACAUCAAAAAGCACUGACAGCUUUAGCAUUUUGUGAUCCAUAUAGUUAAACAAUUAUAAAAUAAAAUUGGAAAAACAUAUGCUUGCAUUUGUACCUCCAAAACCAAAUGCA